CCAUAGUGAUCACUGCGUAGGGAAAUAUUCACAAAUAGCCUGGAAACGCCAGUGACUACCAGGGUCGUGGCUGUGGAGAAAGAGUGGAAAUGGGGAGAAUAGCAGUUGCACUGAUCGUAAGCUUCUGGGUGAUGCCUGUAUCCAUUCUAGUCAAUCGCAUUGUCCCAGAUCCUUACAUGGAUGAAAUAUUUCAUAUCCCUCAAGCUCAAAAAUACUGCAAAGGCAAUUUCACAACUUGGGAUCCAAUGAUUACCACUCUCCCUGGCUUGUACUUUGUGUCACUUGCCCAUGUUGCUUCUUUAUUUCCAGGGCUAUUCUCAUUGGAAGUGGUCUCAUCAUUUUCAGAAGCUUGUUCCACUCCGAUCUUGCGUCUUGUCAAUGGAGUUUUGGCUGUGAUUUGCAGUAUUCUGUUUUAUGAUAUAAUCACCCAUCUAACGCCAGGUGUAAGUGACAUGAAGGCAUCUCUUCGGGCAAUUGUCUUAGCUUUAUAUCCCCUUCACUGGUUCUUCACCUUUCUUUAUUAUACUGACGUAGCAUCACUAGCUGCAGUUCUCGCUUCUUACCUUAUGAGUCUCAAGAAGAAUUAUCCCUCCAGUGCAUUGCUCAGUGCUUUGGCUGUUAUUGUGCGACAAACAAAUAUUGUGUGGAUGAUAUUCAUAGCAUUCACAGGGAUUUUAGAUUAUACGCUUGAUCGUCAGAAGGACAACAGGGAGUAUGCUGUCUCCAAUGAACUAGUUCAGGAAGAGACAGUAACCUCUAAUCAUAUGGGAUCAAACAUGAGAAAACGAAGAGCUGUUGCUAAUCAUGCUAAUGAAAAGAGCCAUUUGAAUAGCCAUACAACUCACAGUUCCCUGCACCAUGCAUCAGAGUUGUUUGAUGAUAUAAGGGCAGUUAUUUCAUCAUCCUGGAAUAUGAAGUGGGAUCUUUUGGCUUCUUUUGGUCCGUUCUUUCUCACUUUGGUGGCUUUUGUCAUUUUUGUUCACUGGAAUGGGAGUAUAGUUCUUGGUGCAAAGGAAGCUCAUGCUGUUUCUCCCCAUUUUGCACAGGUCCUGUAUUUCAGUUUGGUUUCUGCCCUUUUAAUGUCACCUGUCCUCUUCUCUUUUGCACAAUUUGUACUGCUUGCUCAGUUAUUCUGGAAAAAUAAACUGAUUAGCCUCUUCAAGUUGUCCAUAGCCAUGAGUGUUGGCUUCAUAUCAGUGCACUUUUUCAGCAUAGCUCAUCCAUACCUCCUGGCUGAUAAUCGCCACUAUCCCUUUUAUCUUUGGAGGAAAGUCUUAAAUCGUCACUGGUCAAUGAAGUACCUUCUCGUUCCACUUUACACUUAUAUGUGGUUUUCAAUCCUGAGCGUGUUAGGAAAAAGACAGAAGAAGCUAUGGGUGGUGGGAUACUUGUUGGCAACUGCAGCUACCCUAGUUCCUGCCCCUCUCAUAGAGUUCAGAUACUAUACCAUUCCAUUCUUCUUUCUGAUUCUCCAUUCCCAUGUCAAUGACAACAGGAGUUGGAUUCUAAUGGGAGUGAUGUACGCUGCUGUUAACUGCUUCACGAUGUUCAUGUUCUUGUUUCGGCCAUUUUCCUGGUCCCACCAUGAAUCUGGGGUCCAAAGGUUUAUAUGGUAGCAUAUUUUACCAAGAGGUUAUUAUAAACAGUGAAAGAUAUCCAUUAUCAUGUAUUCUAGUUAUUACUAUAAGGGAUCAUCUUAACUAUUAAAGAAAAUAACAAAUGUAGACUGGUUAAGAAACCACCCACAGCUUUUGUCUAAUUCCAUUAUCAUGUAUUCUUGUUAUUACUAUAAGGGAUAAUCUUAACUAUUAAUAGACCA